UGACAAUGAAGAAAUUUUGUUAUUUACUAAUAUGUUUCGUCCACAUAUUCCGAUCGGUAACUUCGAAUGUGUCCGAUGAAGAGUACAGUCAAAUGCCCAAUGUAUUCGAAGUCGACAAUUACGAUACGUGCAUGUUAAUGAAGGAAAGAGCUUUCUUCUGCGAAAUCGUUUACCAACUGACUCCUAUCAAUCCAGAAUCGCCUCCCAAAGUAUGGAAAACCAUACAAGAAUCCAGCGCUUCGAAUCUUCAUUACAGACACGACAAGCUCCGCCGUUUCAUCUGUGUACCAAAAACCUGUCCCAACGUGAAAACUUACAACAAAACCCAUCCAGAUCUCCAGAAAGAACUUACCCAAUGCUACAAUGAUCGUUACAAACACGAAGGUUUGAAAGGCUCCAUCGAAGUUGUAGAUUGCAGGACAUCUCAACCCAUUUAUCAAACGGAUACAAUCGAUUGGAUUGCUGCAACUGCGUUUUUAUCGUACAUUGCUCUAGUACUGGCUUUCAGUGCAAUUGACUACUCGAAGAGCUACGAUGAGGAAAAUUACAAGUCUUUCAAAGACAGUAGCGUGGGGAAAUUUGUGGUUGCGUUUUCUCUACCGAGCAACUGGAAGAAGCUGAAGAGCGUUCCAUCGGGGUACGAUUUCGACCGGUUGAAACCCGUCCAAGGUCUGAGAGUCUACAUGUCCAUAAUGGUAGUUGCGGUCCAUGCAGCAGUAGCUCAAGUCGGCGUGCCCAUUAUCAACACUAAAUUUAUAGAAGACAUGAACGAUUCGCCGGACUUCAUAAGCAAUUUCCCGAAACGAGCCGUGUUCAUGCUAUCGUUCCAUUUUAUGAUGUCCUCUUGGAUGCUGAUGAUGUCUUUACUAUCGAAACUGGACAGGAACGAACCGGUCGAUUUGAAAUUCGUGAUUAAAUCAAUCGUAAAAAGAUACGUAAGGUUCAUUUUAACGAUAGUUGUAGUUAUUGGAUUUUAUGCGACUUGGUUCAGACAUAUUCCCUACGGACCCUUUUUCACCGGGCUGUGCAGCGAAAGCGAAAGGUGCAGGAAGAAUUGGUGGACGAAUUUUCUGUUCAUCCAGAACCACUAUGAUAGAUAUUACAUGUGUCACAUUAUUACAUGGUAUUUGGCGGUGGAUAUGCAGUAUUACAUAAUUGGUUUGUUUUUAUUGAUGGUGGUGUUUAAGAAGAAAGUCAGCAUACCAGUUACUGUUUGUUCUUUAUUGGUGAUCAAUUUUAUAUUCGCUUUUUGGGAUCACUACAGGCACGGAUAUUCUUCGCUUUUAAGUGGACAACCAGAAGAAAUAUACAAAGUGUUGUUUAACACGAAACCUCAAUGGCACGAUUAUUUCGCCAGUUACCACGGCAACGCCGCAGGAUACAUAGCAGGAAUCGGAUUCGGUUAUAUAUUCCACAAAAUCAGAAAUCACAGGAUAUUCAAUAAUUUCUGGAAGAAAAUGACCUGGGCAUUUUCAUCGGCGAUUUUCUUGGCAUCGACGCUAUUUAUACCGCAGAUAAUCGACGUGGACGCCGCCCCGGAGUACUCGGCCCUUUGGGUGGCCACGACGCGACCGCUUUUUUCAAUCGGAAUGGGAAUUUAUAUUCUAGGACUGUCCGAAGGAUUAGGAGGCUGGGCUAAAGAUUUGUUGAGCUGGACUCCUCUGUAUGUGCUCGGUAAAUUGUCCUAUUGCGUUUAUCUCGGUCAUGCGAUUUUCCAACAAAUCAGGAUCGGUUUGUUGAGGUCCCCUACGCACGUCGGUUUUUACAAUAUGUUUGAUACGACUGCUGCGGAUGUAGUCCUGUCGUUUUUGGGAGCUCUAUUUUUGUCUCUAUUUUUCGAAAUGCCUUCGAAUGAAUUAGCUAAUCGAAUGUUUGCAAGCAAGAAGAAGAUCGAAAAGAAAACAAGCUAA